AUGGGUGUCGAGAGAAAGAUCAUUACCCGUGGUAACGGCUCUGAUUCGCCUGCUUCAGGUGAUAAGGUCUCUAUCCACUACACGGGCUGGCUCUACGAUGCUAAGAAAGCCAACAAGGGCUUCCAGGGCAAGCAAUUCGACAGCUCCAGAACCCCCGGCCGUGGCCCUUUCAACGUUCAAAUCGGUGUUGGACAGGUCAUCAAGGGUUGGGAUGAGGGCGUUAUGCAGAUGACUCUGGGCGAGAAGUCCACCCUCACCAUUUCCCCGGAUUAUGGCUACGGUGAUAAGUCCGCUGGCAAGAUUCCUGCAGGCUCCACUCUGCUCUUCGAGGUCGAGCUCCUCAAGAUCAACGACAAGAGCGCCUAG